CACAUAUUCAGUCAGUCGCUCUGAGCCUCACAGUCUCCUCCUGCUCUGAAAGCUCGCACACGCUCAGUCUUCAACCCAGUCCCUGCAGGAGACGCAGGAGAACAGAGGAGACGCAGGAGGACAGAGGAGACGCAGGAGGAGCCUGGAACAGGACUUCUUCUCUGUGAGGAACUUUGAACCGGAGCAGACUCUGACGUGCAGACGGAGCUGCAGAGGAAGUCCUGUCCUCCUUCGGUUUGUGGACUUUGGGUCUUGGACUGAAGCCCAGCAGAAAGAGGUAGGAGAUGGGGACCUGGAUGCUGCAUCUCUCAGCCGGCUGCUGCCUGCUGCUCCUCCGUCUGACCGUCUGCGGCGCUGAAGCAAACUACUGCUUUGCAGCCAGAGGCAGCAACUGCAGUCAGUGUCUGCAGGCGGGGAAAGGCUGCGCAUACUGCUCUGAAGAGGUUUUCAGCGGCCCCCGCUGUGAUCUGUACGAGAACAUCCUGGCCUUCGGCUGUGGAGCGGCGGCCGUCAUCACGGCUAAGAGCAGCAUGUCCAUAGAGCAGAAUGAGAAGAUCAAAAUGAGUCUGCAGCAGUCCCAGGUGUCGCCACAGCAGGUGAGCAUGAUGCUCCUGCCUGGCGAGGAGAAGCUCCUGGACGUGGAGGUCUUUGCUCCGACCAAAGGUCCUUUGGAUCUCUACAUCCUCAUGGACUUCUCAAACUCCAUGGCAGACGAUCUGGACAACUUGAAGAAGAUGGGGAACAAGCUGGCUAAGCUGGUGGAGCAGCUCUCUGAUGACUACACCAUCGGCUUUGGCAAGUUUGUGGACAAAGUGAUCGAGCCUCAAACCGACAUGAGGCCUUUAAAGCUGAAGGAGCCGUGGCCCAACAGCGACUCCCCCUUUUCCUUCCAGAGCGUCAUCAGGCUGACGAGCAACCUGCAGGACUUCACACGAGAGCUGCAGAAGGAGAGGAUCUCCGGGAACCUGGACGCUCCUGAAGGAGGCUUCGAUGCCAUCCUGCAGGCCGCAGUGUGCGGGGAGAAGAUCGGCUGGCGUCAGCACAGCACGCACCUCCUGGUCUUCUCCACCGAGUCGGCCUUUCACUACGAGGCCGAUGGCGUCAACGUGCUGUCCGGCAUCCUCCCAAGAAACGACGAGCAGUGUCACCUGGACGACCAGGGCCGAUACACUGAAGCAACCACCCAGGACUACCCCUCCAUCCCCACGCUGGUCCGCCUGCUGGGAAAGCACAACAUCAUCCCCAUCUUCGCCGUCACCAACCACUCGUACUCGUACUACGAAAAACUCAAAGCGUAUUUCCCCAUCGCUGAGGUCGGGCUGCUUCAGGACGACUCCUCCAACAUCCUGCAGGUCAUGGAGGAGGCCUUCAAGAGUAUUCGCUCCAAGAUGAGCAUCCGUGCUGAGGAGCGGCCCAAAGCCUUCGAGGCUCAGUUCCUGAAGACCAGCGGGGAGGUGGCAGAUUUUGGAGACUUCCAGUUUGAGCCUGGGAUGAUUGGAAAGUUCAAGAUGAUUCUGAAGGCCCGGCGAACCAUUGAUGACGAGCUCGUCUGCAAUAUGGAUCCAAGUGAUCAGAAGGGCACCAUGAGGGUCAAACCCACGACCUUCAACGCCGCCAUGAGCAUUAAGGCCUCCGUUCUGUGUCCUUCCUGCAGCUGUGAGAUGACUCCCAUCCUGAAGUCGGACAGAUGCCACAGAAACGGCGACCUGGUGUGCGGGAAGUGUCAGUGCCACAGCGGCUGGCUCGGAAACUUCUGCAACUGUUCAGAGAAGGAUUCUGUUCUGGACACCAACCAGUGCAUGGGCCCUGGCAUGACGCAGCCGUGUUCAGGCCGCGGCGACUGUCAGGCGUGUGGAACCUGCAUGUGCUACAACCCUGAGCAGUUCGAGGGCCCGUUCUGCCAGUACGACCGGACACAAUGCCAGAGGCAUGGCGGCUUCCUCUGCAAUGACCGCGGCUCGUGCUUGAUGGGGCGUUGCGCCUGCACUGAGGGAUGGGAGGGCGACGCCUGCGAGUGUCCCAAGAGCAACCAGACCUGUUUGGACAGCAGAGGGGGGAUCUGCAGUGGGCGGGGUAAGUGUGUUUGCGGCCGCUGCGAGUGCCUUGAUUCCGGCACCGAGAUGACCUCCACCUGCGAGCCCAACUUCCAGUUCCAGCUGGGCGCCUGCGAGGCCAGCAAGAGCUGCACUCAGUGCAAAGCCUGGAAGACGGGCGAGAAGAAGGAGCAGGCCAAGUGCGACAAGUGUCUGUUCAAGGUGGAGCUGGUGGAGGAGCUGAAAGAACGGGAGACGGUCGUGGAUUCCUGCAGCUUCAGGGAUGAAGAUGAUGACUGCACGUUCAGGUACACCGUAGAAAGCCUGCCCUCCUCCAAAGAGCUGCUGAUCCAGGUGCUCAAAGAUAAAGAAUGUCCUCCUGGUGGCCUCCUCUGGCUGCUCCCGCUCCUCCUGUUCCUCCUGCUGUUGCUGGCGCUGCUGCUGCUCUGCUGCUGGAAGUACUGCGCCUGCUGCGCCUCCUGCUGGCAGAGCUGCCUCGCCCUGCUGCCGUGCUGUAGGAGGGGUCGCAUGGUGGGAUUUAAGGAGGACGAGUAUUUUUUUCGCCAGUCCUGCAUCAACUCAGACCACUUGGACACCCCCAUGGUGAGGACCGGUCCUCUGAAGGGGCCCGACGUGGUCCGCUGGACGGUGACGGACAACGUUCACCGGGAACCGGAUCAUCCCGCCGCUCUGGCCACGCCCAACAGCCAAGAGACGAUCAAGUUCCCCAUCUCCCUGCGGCUCAACCGCCCCUUCAACGAGAACCUGUCCUGGCCCGAGUCCGUGGAGGCGGAGCAACUCAGCAGUGAAGUCUCUGAAAACCUGAACGAGGUGUACAAGCAGAUCCCAGGAGCCCACAAGGUGAAGCAGACCAACUUCAGGGUGCAGCAGAACGCUGGGAAAAGGAAGGAUUACGCCAUCGUGGACACGGUUCUGGCAGCCCCGCGCUGCAGCUUCAAGGACAUCAUCAAACUCACGGAGAAGAACGUCCAGUCCGGAAGCUUCCGCAACCUCAAAGUGGCGCCCGGAUACUACACGGUGGCCACAGACAGGGAGGCGGCCGGAGCCGUGGAGUUCCAGGAGGGCGUGGAUCUGGUGGACGUCCACGUGCCGCUCUUCAUCAAAGACCAGGACGAUGACAAGAAGACGCUGCGGGUGGAGGCCAUCGAUGUGCCGCUGGGAAUCGCAGAGAUCGGAAAACGGCGGGUCAACAUCACCAUCAUCAAAGAGCGCGCCUCCAGCAUCUUCUCCUUCCUCCAGCCGACCUUCAGCUGCAGCCGGCUGGACGGAGUGGCCAGCGUCCCCGUCACCAGAGACAUCGUGGAGGACGGACGCGCCCAGGUGUCCUACAGGACACGAGACCUGACAGCACAGGACAAGAAGGACUUCGUGGCCACAGAGGGAGAGCUGACCUUCGGUCCUGGAGAGACCCAGAAGGUCAUCCCGGUCCCCCUGCUGGAUCCGUCCGAGAUGGACGGCUUGAUGGACGACAGGCGGCCUCGGCAGUUUGCGGUGGACCUCAGUAACCCGCGGCAGGGUGCCAAGCUGGGACGCCAUCCCAGAACCACCGUGACAAUCACAGACAUCCCAGAACCAAGUGUGGUGAUGUUCAAGAAGACCGCCCAGACCUUCUCCAGCACAGAUCAGGUCUACCACAUCCCUGUGGUCUGCACUCCCGACCAUGACGAUCCUGUUACCGUCAAGUGGCGAACAAAAACGCAGCAGCGCUCUGAGCUCUCUGGUCCUCUGAAGUUCGGUCCUGGAGAGACGGAGAAGAACAUCGUGAUCAACUCACAAGCCCUUCAGGGACUCGUCCAGCCGAAGUCCUUGCAACUCGAGCUGUUCGACCCGAGCAGCAACGCUUCCCUCGGAGACAGGAGGACCACGCUCGUCAACAUCUCAGAGGAAGGUGAGACCCGUCACUGUCCCGGGAGAAGGCGGAGCUUUAAGGAGCCACUGACACUUCUUCCAUCUCCAGAAAUGUCCCAGGCUCCUCAACGGAUGGGUUACGUCAGUCCGAAGGCCACCUCGCCGGGUGGUUUCCUUCUCUCUCCAGAAAACGUGACGGCCAAAGCCACCGGACCGAGAAACAUCCGCCUGAACUGGGAGCCCCCACCCGGAAACCCCAUAGGAUACAAGGUCAAGUACUGGAUCUAUGGAGACCAAGAGAAAGACGCUGAGAUCUUAGAUGUGCAUAGUCCUCAGGCGGAGCUGACCAACCUGUACCCGUACUGCGACUACGAGAUGAAAGUCUGCGCCUACAACGCCCUCGGAGACGGAUACGAGUCCAGCAUGGUUCCCUGCCAAACGCUGGAGGACGUUCCUGGAGAACCUGGUCGCUUGGCAUUCAACGUCAUCAGUCCCACCGUCACUCAGGUCAGCUGGGCGGAGCCUGCAGAGCCUAAUGGCGUCAUCACAGCCUAUGAGGUCCUGUACACCCCCAUCAACGACGAUCAGAAGCCGGCGGGGGCUGCUAAGAAAGUGAUGAUUGACAGCCCCAAGAAGAGGAUGCUGCUGAUCGAGAACCUCCAGAUCGCCCAGACGUACCAGUACAAGGUCCGGGCCCAAAACAAGGUGGGCUGGGGGCCCUUUAAAGACGCCACCAUCAACCUGGCAUCGCAGCCCACCAGACCUCUGUCCAUUCCCAUCAUUCCUGACGUUCCCAUUGUGGAUGCCGAGGAAGGCGAGGAGUAUGACCGGUUCUUGAUGUACAGCAACGACGUGCUGAGAUCUCCCUCUAGCUCGAAGGCGCCCAGCGUCUCUGGUGACGGCUGGCAGCACGUGCAGCUGGUGGGGUCGGAGCUGGACCUCCGUCAGGUGUCCUGGGGGAGGCGGGUGGAGAUCAUCCCAGGUCGGCUCAGCACAGACGGCGCCGAGGAGGCCCCCCACCCCAGCUCCGCCCGCACGCCUCUGCCAGAUCACAGCUUCCUCUUUCAUGGGGGGUCAACCACACACAACCUGUCGACAUCGUCCUCCCCCAUGUCCACCCUCAGCUCCGCCUACAGAGGAGCUGGCAGCUCCUUCACCACCGAGACAAACUCCGCCUACUUCUCCGGAUCUGGUAGCACCAUCAGGCAGGUGGGGGUCGCCGGAGGAGCGCACACCACUGAGGUGGUGAUGAGGAGGCGCCUGGGGAGCAGAGGCUGCGUGGAGGAGAACAUCCGUGACUCCAUCGUGAUGGGAGACGCCUCCAGCAGCUUCACCAGCUUCGGUGGCUUCGGCUCGGCUGGGAUGCAGAGCUCCCAGCAGUUCGGCUUCGGCCGGCCGGCGCAUGACGUCAGCGAGGCGCUGUUCAGUCUGGACCGGGUCCUGCAGGACGCCAGAGUCUCUCCUGGGGUGCCAGACACCCCCAGCAGGCUGGUGUUUUCUGCCCUGGGUCCUACUGCCCUGAGAGUCAGCUGGCAGGAGCCGCUCUGUGAGAAACCCAUCCUGAGUUACUGCGUGCUGUACCAGCUGCUGAGCGGAGGGGAACUGAAGCGGAUCAACGUCACCGACCCGGCGGAGAACUCGGUGAUGAUCCACGACCUGCUGCCCAACCACUCCUACCUGUUCAAGGUGAAGGCUCAGAGCGAGGAGGGCUGGGGUCCGGAGAGGGAGGGGGUCAUCACCAUCGAGUCGGCAGUGGACCCCAGGAGCCCCCUCAGCCCCGUGCCAGGGUCCUCGUUCACCCUCAGCACCCCCAGCGCCCCCGGCCCCCUGGUGUUCACCGCCCUGAGCCCUGAGGCGCUGCAGCUCAGCUGGGAGAAGCCCCGCCAACCCAACGGAGACAUCCUGGGUUACGUGGUGAGCUGUGAGCAGCUGCACGGCGGAGGUGACCGGCGCUCCUUCCAGGUGAGCGGCGACAGCGCAGAGACCAGCCUGAUGGUCCCGAACCUGACUGAGAACAUCCCGUACAAGUUCAAGGUCCAGGCCCGGACGACGCAGGGCUUCGGCCCCGAGCGGGAGGGGAUCAUCACCAUCGAGUCCCAGGAUGGAGGUGCUCUGUCGCAGUACAGCAGCCAGUCCGCCACGAGGAGGGAGGUGUUCCAGAUGCCCACAGAGGUCAGCUCCUCCCACAGCGACGCCUUCUUCUCAGAUGGCAUGAUGAUGACCACACGGCACACGGAGGCGGGUGCCAUGAUGACGCGACAGAUCACACGGGGGGUGGUUCAGAGAAGCGUGACGGGGGGGGUGUCUGUCACCAGGGAGAUGAUCUACGAGUCCUAAGAUGUGUUUAGAUCCCAAAGCACCUUUAACCUGAACUUCUGCAGGUAUUCCCACCUCACCCAACCGGCCUCAGCCCCCACCCUCACCCAACCGGCCUCAGCCCCACCCUCACCCAACCGGCCUCAGCCCCCACCCUCACCCAACCGGCCUCAGCCCCACCCUCACCCAACCGGCCUCAGCCCCCACCCUCACCAACCGGCCUCAGCCCCACCCUCAUCCAGCUGCCCUUUUGGAGGAGAUUUCUGCUCCAUUUGUACAUUAAAAUGUCCUUUUUACUUUCAGACAUAUUUAAUAUUUGUACCAAUUUUAUUUUAGCAAAACAGAAAAUGAUUGACAGCUUCCAGAAAUGUGUGACAUGGAUGCAGUUUGUUCAUCUGAGCUGUUGUCUCAUCAGCAUGCAUCGUCUUUGCGUUUGAUCUCAAUAAAGUUUGACU